UGUAACGUCUAGGUAUUAGCAUCCCGUUUGUGCGGCGCAUUUUACGUGCGCUCGUGGCGGUGGAAGGCCUGACAGCGCUUGGCGUUUCAGGAAAAAGCGCCUUGACAGCUGCGCCGCGGGUUGUACGCAGACCGCAUCGCGAUUGGCUCGGUACCCGUCGAGUAACAGCCGUCAGAGGGCGGACAGCCGCCGAGCGCCGCCCCGCGGACGCGAGAAGCCCACAGCGCGCGCGCAAGACAAAAAACAAGAUGCACGGCACCCUCGAGAAGAAAGUACCGCGCCCCUUCGGCCUCGCCGCGUGGCAACAAAGAGACGUAAGCCUCGAGGAGGACGCUUUGGUCGUCGUAAAUGCCAAAAGACCGGCGGACACGAAGCGCUACCCCUUCGCCUUCGUCAGCUUGCAACCUUCCGCAAAAGCGCCCAAAAACAAGCUCGCCUUCGCUUUACUUGAUGAAGAUGGGGACGCGGAGCUGACUUUGGCGGUCGAGACCAAGUUCGCCCACCAGCGCUGGACGCGGGCCAUCCAAGAAAGGUUAGAUGCUCAGAAACAGAAGGAGCAGGAGCCGGCGACGCCGACGCCGCCGCCGUCGAAAGUGGUGCUCGGAGAUCGGACGAAUACCAAGGUGCGGCUCGUCGAGGCCAAGAAGCCGCCGACACCGAAGAAGACGCCCUCGUCAUCUCCCGACGCGACGCUCGGGAGUUUUGGAGAGUCCGGGUCCGACCUGACGCCCGCGCCGCGCGCCGUCGUGGAAAAAGCAUUAUCGACAAAAAAGCGGACGCCCCAAGGGUCAAAGGUCGUCACCUACGCCCAGGGCGCCCACGCUGCCGCCGCGGCGCCGGCGGAGCCCGCCGCGUCCGGUGAGCCUACCGCGUCCGCCGCGAAGGCGGAGCGCGCGCGCGGCCUCGUCGCGGGAGAGAUGGAGUGCGCCGUUUCCGAGGAGGCGGUCGUGGAGGAGGCGCCGAAGGAGGAGAAGUUCGCUGCUUUGUCAAACCUCUUCGCGGCGCGGGCGCCGCCGCCGCCCGCCGCGGACGAGCCCCCGAAGGAGGAGAAGUUCGCCGCCCUGAACAACUUGUUCGCGGCCCGCGCGCCGCCGCCGCCGCCCGCCGAGCCCCCGAAAGAAGAAAAGCAUGCUGCGCUGUCGAACCUCUUCGCGGCGCGCGCCGCGCCGCCCGCGCCGCCCAAGGAGGACAAGCACGCCGCGCUCAGCGACUUGUUGGCGGCGCGCGCCGCGCCGCCGGCGCCGCCCUCGCCGCCGCCGGCGCCGCCGAACAAAGUAAAAAGCGGCGCCUUCGCGAACAUUGGGGCAUUAUUCGCCUGUCGCCGGGCGCCGCCGUCGCCGGCGCCCUACGAGCGCUUCUCGCUGACCUUUGUCAAGGGCCCCCUCGGCAUCAAGUUCGAGACGUCUGAACGACCUAGGGUGGAAGAAGUCACGAGCGACUCGGAGCACCGCGCGUCGUUGCAACCGGGCGACGAGGUCGUGGGCAUUGGCAAAACAAGCUUCUUCGAGAAGGAAGACGAUGUCGAAAAGGGCGGCGACGGCGUCUUCAGCACGGACGACUGCUACGAGCUGCUGGCGGACGCCGUCGAGCGGGAGGCCUUUCCCCUGGUCAUCCAUUUGCGGCGACGGCGCAAGGCGGCCUCGAAGCCUUCUACUCCAGUGCUCGAAGUGAAGAAGGCCGCGCCGGUCGACGACAAACUACUGGAGCCCUACCUCAAGAUGAAGAAGUUCGGCCUCGACGCGGACUGCGCGAUGCAUAAAGCGAAGCAGGACGGCAAGCUCGACGCGAACGGCAUGAACGCCCUUCGCGAAGCUUUAGGUCUGAAGCCGGCCACACCCAUCAAGAAAGCCGAGGAACCGGUCGACGAGUCCAAGCUCUUCGCGGCCAAGAAGAAGAAGAAGGUCGGCGUGCCCCUCGAGAAGAUCAUGGCGACGGUCGUCGGCGAGGGCUGCAACCACGCGACGCUGGUGGCCAUCGCCCGGGCCAUCGGCGCGCCCAUCCCCGAAGCGUCAACAGUACAAGCAGCGCCCCAGUCCACGACGAAGAACAUCCACUGGGACGGGUUAUCUUCACCUUCUAUUCAGAGAAGGAAGGGGUCGUUGUGGGGUAGAUCUGGCAGAAGGAAGCGCGAAUCCCUGGGAGCGAGGGCGGAAUCGCUCUUCACGGAGAACCAGGCCGCGUCCGAGAUGCUCGAGGAGAUGUUCGCGCUCGCGCCGGCGCCGAAGAAGGCCAGCAAACCGACUGGCGAGAAGGAGGUCCAGCUCCUCGAAGGCACGAAGGCUCAAAACCUCGAGAUCACGCUCGCGAACCUGAGAGAUGUGAAGCCCUGGCCGCCGACCGAGGACGAGUCGUCUUCUGACUCCAUCGUUCUUGGAUUGAAUGAUUGUAGAAAUCUAUGUGCGGACGCGCCGGGAUUAGUAAGGGCAUUGGUCGCCACUGGUCUCGGUAGUGAUGAUGUGGAGCGGUGCGCGCCACCGGACGUCCUGCGACGCUUAGUGGAGAACAUGCCCGACGCGGAGACGUGCCGCAAAGUGGCCGAGGCCGCUUCGAAAACGCCAGACGCGAAAUUCAACAAGGCGACGGCCUUCGUGGUCGCGGCGCAUGGUUUCGGGUUGGCGCGGUUCAAGGCCUGUUUGCAGGGUGCGGCGACGUGUGGUGAGGCGCCGGCUGAGCUCGAAGCUUGUGUUGACGCAGCAAAGACGGCGUCACAAGCCUGUCGGUUAGCUCGAGAAGAGCCCAUGCUGCGGGCGGCGUGCCAUGCCGCUCUAGCUUUGGGGAAUCGGCUGAACCAAGGUUCGCGACGAGGCUCGGCCGUCGCGGUCCGCUUGGUCGACCUCGAGAAACUCUCGCAGACCAAGGGCAAGGGCGGCAAGACGGCCAUGGACUACCUCGCGCGCGUGUUGGAGGACGACGCCUUCGACCGGGAGGAGGGCUUGGACGGCGCGGAGAUCGACCGCGCUCUCAGAAUCAUAGCCCCGAAGCUGAAGGCCGGCGCCGAGAAUGCGAUCGCCGAGAAGACGCUGGAAGUCAAACAACGUGAAAUGAAUGCGUUGAACGCCCUGGACCACUUCGUCAAGGGCGUGCCGAAGAAGACGAAGUCGGCGGAUGACGAGGCCGUCGCGGCGUUCGUCCGCAACGUGCCGGAGGCGUCGAAGGCGACACGUGAUGCAUUAAAUGAGGCCAAGAAAGCCCUGGACGAGAUGCAUCAGGAGCAAAAACUACUAAGGGAGUACGUCGGCGACAAGGCGAUGCAGAUUCCUGAAAUUCUCGAGUCGAUUGCCUCCUUCUCGUCGAAGUUGGUUGCUAGUCGCACGGUGCUGAUGGCGGAGCUCGGGAGUUCCUCUCGGCGGUCCUCCGUGCAGACGACGUCGUCGGCGUGAAUCCCCCAUCCCCCCCUAAGACCAAGAUUCUUGAA